AUGUCUGGACCCAGACCAGUAGUUUUGAGUGGCCCGUCAGGAGCUGGGAAAAGCACCCUGUUGAAGAGACUCAUGAAGGAAUAUGAAGGGGUUUUUGGAUUCAGCGUCUCUCACACCACCAGAAAUCCUCGGCCAGGAGAGGAAGAUGGAAAAGAUUAUCACUUUGUCACCAGAGAGAAGAUGCAAGAAGGAAUUGACAAGGACGAGUUCAUUGAGAAUGCAGAGUUUUCUGGAAACAUGUAUGGAACCAGCAAAUCAUCCAUUGAGGAUGUUCAGGCACAAAACCUCAUCUGCAUCUUGGAUGUUGACAUACAAGGAGUGAAAAACAUCAAGAAGACCGAUCUAAACCCUAUAUACAUCUCCAUCCAGCCACCUUCAAUGGAGAUCCUGGAAAAGCGUCUGAGGGACAGACAAACGGAGACAGAGGAUAGUCUACAGAAGCGACUGGAAGCAGCGAGGAUUGACAUGGAGCUCAGUAAGGAACCUGGAGUAUUUGAUAUUGUAAUCGUUAAUGAUAAUCUGGAAGAAGCCUAUGAGAAACUCAAAAGUGUUCUUAUUGAGGAAAUUGAGAAGGUCCAAGAUGCCCAGAAAUAA